AGUAUAAAGCGUUGUAGUGGUAGAUAAAGCAGUCAUUCGAACGCAAACUUAGCAACAGUGAAGAAGUGAAGACCAAGUAAAAAUUAAUUUAAGUGUUAUAAUAGAAAGUGAUAUAAAAUAAUAAUAUACAAUGCGGUGGUUUAGUAUAUGCUGCGUCCUGCUAUUUGCUAUAGCUAGCACAUCAGCUGAUUGGUCAUGGAAUGAAGAUAAGUCGGACAAACAUACAGAAAAUGAGCCUAAAUCAUCAGAUUUAUUGGAAGGUGAAGAGAUGGCUAACGCAGAAGACAAAAAAUCGAAUAACGAUGGAUCUGUUCUUGACGAUAUUGUGGAUGAACUCGUAAACAGUAAACAAGGAAGAAGUUUGGGUGGCUUCGAUGACGUCUAUAGCGAUCCUACUAUAAAGGAAGCAUUAGAUGUAGGAGAUGACACCGAAGCAAGAAACUUAAUCAAAGGAAGGCUUUGCACUCUAGGACUUAUACAAUGUGAAGAUGACGAUUCACAGGAAAAGCGUACUUACUUAUCUCCAGAUCAACUGAUUUAUGCCCAACCCGUAGAUAUUAAACCUAUUGGAAAACCAGUGGCUUCAAUCCCUAUCCGUGGACCACCAAGAGCUUACGGACCACCAAAACCAAUGCCAUACAGACCUCACCCUCAGAAGGUUCCACCUAAGAGACAAGGAUACCCAGGAAACCGGCCUGGAUUCUCCGAAAAAUAUGGAACUGCCAGUAAUAAUUUCCAAUUUUCUCAGAACAGUGGCUCAUACGGUCAAGAUUUUAACUAUGUCACUAAACCUCCAAGCUAUGGUAAUGAAGGGCCCUAUUCAUUUGAAAAUCCUAAGCCAAUCUACAAUAAAAUACCCUCCACACUGCAAUCCAAUACAAAGACCGAAGCUGUUGUUCAACAACAUGUCCAUCAUCACUACGUUCACGAUGACUCGAGUAAGGAUCCUAAAGUAAUUAUUAAGCCAGUAGCUAUACCAGUAGGAUCAGUUGGUCAUCUUGGGUCACAGAUCCAUAAUCAAGAAUCUACUGACAUAAUAACAUCUUCAGGAGCUGAUUUCAGUGCAUUUAAUAAUGGUGGAUUUAAACUAAUGACGAGUGGUUUUGUUCAAAGUAAACCAGUAUAUGAAAGCGAUACUGUUUAUGGCUCUCAGUUUGGGCAUAAUAACUUUAAUAAAGGAAGCUCAAAUAUUGUGAGCCAAGGGCUCCCCAACCAGUAUGCGAACUCCGCUUUUGAUGAUCAAAAAUAUGGCAAUUCUUUAGGCUCUUAUGCUUCUCAAAACAACGAAUUUUAUAAGAAAGAACUUCACGUCGGUUCCAGUAAUAAUGUAUUUAACCAAGGUCCAGCAACAUUUGGCCAAAAUAAUCAAUAUCAAGAAAACUAUCAUGCCGGUAAAGCUCAAGGCUUUGAAUGCGUCUGCGUAAAUUAUGAUCAAUGUCCAAGUCAAGAAAUUAUUGGACGCAGAGAUGAUUUAUACUUACCAAUUGAUCCUCGUAACAAGGGUAGUGAGAUAUUAGCUGAAGAAUCGGAGAACACUAAUUCCACAAGUGGCAUAACGACAACAACAACCAGCCAAAAUGUUACUGAGGCCAAGAGUGUCAGUAAACGCGAAGCAAAAUCUGAUAAAAAUGAGACACCAGCCAAAGAAAUAGAGCCGCGCCAAGGAUACUUCGGCCACAAUCAAAUUCAACAGUGCGGUCAAAAUCAAGUAUGCUGCCGCCGGCCUCUUCGUCCUCAAGCUUCAAAUCGUGGCCAAUGUGGAAUUCGUCACUCCCAGGGAAUCAAUGGCAGAAUCAAAACACCCGCAUACGUAGACGGCGACAGUGAAUUUGGAGAAUAUCCAUGGCAAGCGGCUAUUCUCAAAAAAGAUCCUAAAGAAUCAGUAUACGUUUGCGGUGGUACCUUGAUUGAUGGUCUUCACAUUAUGACAGCUGCUCAUUGCAUUAAAUCAUACAAAGGAUUCGAUCUACGAGUUCGGCUUGGUGAAUGGGAUGUUAACCACGAUGUCGAAUUCUACCCUUACAUCGAAAGGGAUGUGAUUUCUGUUCACGUACAUCCUCAAUAUUACGCCGGUACCUUAGAUAACGAUUUAGCAAUCUUAAAAUUAGAUCAUCCAGUGGAAUGGACUAAGUUCCCUCAUAUCAGCCCAGCUUGUCUGCCAGACAAAUACACGGACUUCUCAGGACAACGCUGCUGGACCACUGGUUGGGGUAAAGAUGCUUUUGGCUCAAAUGGAAAGUACCAGAAUAUUCUUAAAGAGGUCGACGUCCCUGUCCUCCCUCAUGGUUUGUGCCAACAACAAUUAAGACAAACACGAUUAGGAUACAAUUACGAACUGAAUCCUGGAUUUAUCUGCGCGGGAGGUGAAGAAGGCAAAGACGCGUGCAAAGGUGAUGGUGGCGGUCCCCUUGUUUGCGAGCGAGGAGGCACAUGGCAAUUGGUGGGAGUAGUAUCGUGGGGUAUUGGUUGUGGUCAACCAGGUGUGCCGGGAGUGUACGUCAAAGUUGCUCACUAUUUGGACUGGAUCUCACAGGUCACUGGAAAGUUUUCACAUUAUUAAGUCAUAACUGAUUUAAGAUAUUUGACAUUUAGCUAUACGAAUAUUUAAAACUUUCUUAUUUAUUUCAAAUGUUAAUUUAUUAUUUUUCUUUGAACGGUAAUGUUCAGAGGUUCAAGUAAAUGCUUGUGCAAUUUAUUGUAAUAAUUAAUUAAAAAUUUUAUGCAUAAUAU